GUCUUAUAAAAUGUUGCAUCUGUAACGAUGGCGAGUGGUAGGUGGUAGGUGGUAGGUGCCAGGUGGUAGCCGACAGUCGCGUGAGUCCGACCGCGCCAGUUGAACGUGUAUCAGUUUUAAUAUCAAAGUGAUUAUAAAAUGAAAUCUUCAAUAGUACUUAUAUUUUCUCUCCUUGCGAGCUCCAACGCUAUAUCUCAUAGCUUUUCUGGACCAAUCUCAGCAGCAUCCAAGUCGCAGAUCAGAUUCGCGAUCGAGAACAAAUACGACGACACAGGCCCGGGAGCCAAAGGGCCAGAGUACGCGUACAACACCUACAAAACCUUAGAGGAGGCUCUCAUCAGUUACCUCGAUGAUCCCGACACCAAGCUCCCCGAAGGAGAAAGAGAGAGAGCCGUCGCUGCUCUUCAAGUACCACCCAUACACACACCAAUAAGACAAUAUCCCAAAACGGUCGAAGAGUACACUGGGUACAAACCAACAGAACGACCAGCACUUAAACAGUACAAUUUGCCUAAAGAGUAUUACAGACCUGUAGUCGGUGUUAAUGAGCACCAAGUAAAUAAUAUUGGGAACAAUUACGUCAAAGCCAAUGAUGGUGUGAGGUUCCACAGAGUACACCCGGUACAGGCCAGGCCGGUGGGGUCGGUGUACUACAACAAGCAGCCGCAAACCCAGCAGACGUUCAGCUCAUUCAAUCCUAACCCUAGAUACAGCUUUUCUUACGGCGUUCACGAUAAAUCAACCGGAGACAGUAAAUCAGCUCAUGAGAGCCGGACUGAUGGAGUGGUCACGGGGUACUACACCUUCAUGGACGCCGAUGGGAAACAACGAACAGUCCACUACACCGCAGAUGACCAGCAAGGGUUCAGGGCGACGGUACAGAGAUCCACCUCCACUAUACAGUGAUCAAGUAAAAAAUCAGUUAAAAACUCCCGUGCUCAUUGAAUUGUGUUGUAAAUCAGUGAUUGUUUGAUAUGAAUACAAAAUAUAAUUAACUUACUAUUCAAAAGUAAUUACAUUGAUAUAUUUGUGGUUUACUGGUGAAUGUAAACAGGCUUACGAGAUAUUAGCUUAAAUCAUACAAACAGAAUAUUUUUAUGAAUUUAUUCUGAAUAUAUUUUUAUAUUUUUUUAUCGUAUAUUAUUUAUAAGUAGCAGUUAAUGUCUUGUAACCUCCAAUAUAAAAUUAAAUUCGAUUUGCGCUCUUCUACUUACUUGUAAUGAAUGUACCUAGUACCUACCUUAUAGUUAAAGUUACAUACUAUAUAAGCAUAUUGUACACUGUUUGAAGUUUGUAAAUAAUUUAUUAUUCGUCAAUAUUUUUGUCCACCUUUUUAUGUAGAAAUAAAUUUACUAUAAAAUUA